CCUUCCGGUCUGCAGGACCCUGCCGAGGCCCGGGCGCUGGUCCCGCUCCGUGUACCGCAGGGCUGCCUCCUCCGAGCGGUACAAUGUGCUGCGAGAAGUGGAGCCACGUGGCCGAAAUGUUUCUCUUUAUUGAAGACCUGGAGGAGGAUUAUAAGAUCCUUUGCCUCUGCUCCCGGGCAUUUGUAGAAGAUCGAAAAUUGUGCAAUUUGGGAUUAAAAGGCUACUAUGUUAAAGGCAACGGCAACAGUGCAGGAGACCAAGCUACAGAAGAGGAGGAAAGUUGUAAUUUCCAUGGCAAUAAAGAAUCAUGUAAUAGCAAAGGCAUAGACCUAGAUGAAAGUGAACUUGAUUCUGAGACUGAACUCAUGAAAAGUAUGGGACUGCCACUUCAAUUUGGUGGGAUGUCUGCACAUAAGAAUUUUGAGGUGUCUAUGAAUACUAGAAAUAAAAUUAAAAUAAAAAAGAAAAAGAAAAAACAUCAAAAGAAGUACUUAGAUGAGAUGAUAAAAGAAUCUUGGAGAGAAGAAUAUGAAGAAGAUGACAUUUUGGCCUCAGAUGAUCCAUCUUCAGUUGAACAGUAUGAGAACACCAGAACACGUAAACUAAAACCCAAAAAAGACACUGAAACUGAAAGCCUUUCUACUGAAAGUACAUUAUCUCCAAAGCUAGAAAUUACAGAAAAAUGGGAAAAGUACUGGAAUGAAUACGGUGGAGAACUACUAUGGCAAAGCUGGCAAGAAAAACAUUCAGAUCAAACACUGUGUUCUGAACCUUGGAACGUUCCUGAUACCAAGGAAGAAUGGGAGCAACAUUAUAGUCAACUUUAUUGGUAUUAUUUGGAACAAUUUAAGUAUUGGGAAGCUCAGGGUUGGACUUUUGAUGCCUCACAAAGCUGUGGUGCAAGUAUGUGUGGGCCUAAAACAGAAGUUGACAACGAGAAAGAUGAAAAUUGCAUGAAAGCAGACUUACUUUCUUUUCCAUCUUCAUCAAUAGGUUGUAAAAGCUCUAAUUCAAGUGAAAAAGAUCAGAAUGAACUACUUGAUGGAAUUAGUAAUAUAAGUCUGAAUUCAGGGAAACCAGAAGAGAGCCAGUUAGAGUCAUCUGUAAGUUCUGACGGACAUCAGUGGCUAAAUGAAGUUAACAGUAGAAGAGAAUGCCCUUCUGGCCAAAGUGAGUCGUGUAAUGGAGGAGCCAAGGAAAGCAACUUGUCAGGGAACAGCGCAAAUCAACCAGCUCAGGAUUCACAGAAGUCUUCAGAAGCAAACACAAUCCAAGAAAGACCACCUCCCAACAAGACCGAUGGAGAUGAGAGUGAAGAAGAUCCACCUGAACGCCAGCCAAGCAAACUCAAGAGGAGCCAUGAGCUGGACAUCGAUGAAAACCCAGAUUCAGACUUUGAUGACAAUGGUGCCCUUCUAGGAUUCAACCAUGGCUCCGGACAAAAAUAUGGUGGAAUUUCACAUUUCAGUCAUAGACGGGUCAGAUAUCUACAGAAGAAUGUAAAGUAUAAGUCAAAGUUCUUGGACAUGAGAAGACAAAUAAAUUUGAAAAAUAAACACAUUUUCUUUACUGAAGACACAGAAAAAAAAUGUUUUAAGAAAAGCAAAACUUUGAGUAAGGUAGAAAAAUUUCUAAAAUGGGUUAACGAACCAAUGGAUGAGGAAGCAUCACAGGAGUCAGUUUCUCAUGACGAUGUGCAAGACGCUUGCACAAGCAGUGAUUCAGAAGAGCAGGGAGUGUCUGUUACCAAAGAGGAGGAGCCACUGGAGAUGAGCAAUCCAGAGCCUGCAGAGGGUCAUGCCACACCUUCAGCUGGUGAACCUGAGACAGAAAAAAAUGAAGGGGACAGCACCGGAGCAGCUGUCACAGAUAAGGAGGAUUGUGUUGCUCAGGAUAUACCAGAUUCUCUUCAGGUGGAAACUGAAGCUGAAAUUAAAAAGAAGAAGAAGAAGAAAAACAAGAACAGGAAGGUAAUCAGUCUGCCUCCUGAAAUAGCUGCUGUUCCUGAGCUGGCAAAAUACUGGGCCCAGAGGUAUCGGCUCUUCUCCCGUUUUGAUGAUGGAAUUAAAUUGGACAAAGAGGGCUGGUUCUCAGUUACACCUGAGAAGAUUGCUGAACACAUUGCUGGCCGGGUCAGUCAGUCCUUCGAGUGCGACAUUGUAGUGGAUGCAUUUUGUGGAGUCGGAGGAAACACCAUUCAGUUUGCCUUAACUGGAAAGAGAGUGAUUGCCAUUGAUAUUGAUCCUGUUAAGAUUGAUCUUGCUCGCAAUAAUACAGAAGUGUAUGGGAUAGCAGACAAAGUCGAGUUCAUCUGCGGAGAUUUCCUGCUGCUGGCUCCUCAGUUAAAGGCCGACGUUGUGUUCCUCAGCCCCCCUUGGGGAGGGCCAGACUACGCGACUGCAGAGACCUUUGACAUUAGGACAAUGAUGUCUCCUGAUGGCUUUGAAAUUUUCAGACUUUCUCAGAAGAUCACUAAUAACAUUGUUUAUUUUCUCCCAAGAAAUGCUGAUAUUGACCAGGUGGCAUCCUUAGCUGGGCCUGGAGGGCAAGUGGAAAUAGAACAAAACUUUCUUAACAAUAAACUGAAGACAAUCACUGCUUAUUUUGGGAACCUGAUUCGAAAACCAGUCUCUGAAUCAUAACUGAGAUGGUACAAGGACAGAAAGAUCAUGUAGCAGUCAGAACAUUAUUCAGAGACAAUUGAAAUUUCUUUCUCUAUUCACUGAUCUAUUAAACCCAUAAUCUUAUAUCACCAUAUAAAAUGGAAAGUUACAGAAGAUUAAUGAAGUACUUAGAGAUCUUUAAGUAAUAUUAACUACUAGUAUGUGUAUUAUUCAUUAGGAUAGUAAGUGUCUGAUAGGGAAAAGGUAGGCUUUCUCUUGUACUUACUAGUAAUAUCAGUCAGCAUGUAUGUGUGUAUAUAUGUGCCUAUGUCUGUUUUUUAAAAAUAUUUUAUAUAUUUUGGUUAACAUCUUUGUGUGUGUGUGUGUGUGUAAAUCAAUUGUGUUAUGUUUAAUAAAGAGGAGAUACAAAGAAAACAAUGAAUGAGAUAGAGUAUCCACCCAUUUAAUAACCUCUGUUGAAAUAAAUAAUGUUGUACCUUUAGGGAUAGAAACAAACAGUACAGAAUGGUACAAAAUGAAAAGUAAAAAUCUUCCACCCCUUCCACUACCCUUCCUUCAUCUACCUAAAGAUAACAGUAUUUUAAAUUCCUUUAGAGGACAGAAAGGAAUUGCAAUAGACUCUGAUACAUCUUUUCCCCCAUUGAUGCACUGUUCCAUAGGGCCCCACCACCACCACCACCUUUUUUUUUCUUACUGUAUUUUUUAGUAGUAUAUCCUGGAGACCUGUCAUGUCAGUACAUACAUAGAGCUCUACCUCAUUCCUUUUAGUGGCCAUCUAGUAUUUCAUCUCCCGGAUAUACUGUAAUUUAACCAGUUUCUUAUUGAUGAAAACUUGGGCUGUUUUGAGGUUUUUUGCAAUUAUCAGCUAUUCUGUGCUGUGAUUUGAGUGCAUGUUUUCUUCCAUUUCCCCAGCUCUGGACAUCAUCAAGCACUUUCUUUAAUUUUUGCCACCAUCUGUGUGAGAAAAAUGGUAUCUUACUGUUUGUGAGUGUUUCCUUAAUUAUGAAUGAGAUUCGAUAAUAUUUUCAUACAUUUGGUCUUUUUUAAAAUAGUUUUCCCCUUUUAAACUGACUGCUAUCUUUUAUUAAUUUUUCUUUUGGAUUGUUUUUUAUUUCUUAUUCAUAUGUAUGAAUUCUUUGUAAAUUAAAGACCCCUUUGUUUUUAUUUUGUGAUUUUUUUUUACCAUACAUAAAGUCUUCAAUUUUA